CCGGAAGUGACGUUUAUCUCUCAGCCAAUCAUCACUCUUUAUCCCACAAUGCACUGCGUCACAAACGGCAAGCGCGAAUUAUCUCAAGCCACACUUUCCUUUUGUUCGAUAUUGGACGGUUUAAAAACCCCUUUGUCACAUAAAGGCAAUCUUGGAACUGAAGGCGGCCAGUAAUGACAACAAGCAACACUACGGUUCUUAAAGAUGUCGUUGCCUAUGUGGAUGUGUGGUCAUCUGACAAGAGAGCCAACUAUUCGAAACCGUUUAUUCAGCAGCUACUGGAAAUGGGUGCUCAGGUAUCAAAAACAUUCAAUAAACAAGUCACCCAUGUUGUAUUUCACAACGGUCAUCCUGCGACAUGGAGGAAAGCCAAGAAAAGUCACGUGAAGCUUGUCUCUGUCCUUUGGAUAGACAGAUGUCAUGAAGAAGGAGUGCAUGGGGAUGAAGAGUUGUAUCCAGCCUCAAACGAUGAAAGUAAUCCAGUAUUAAGAAACAAGAAACACCGUUGCAUGCAGCCCAGAGACUGUCCACAGAGGACGCCAGAAAAUGACAGACGCAUGAAGAAGAAGUUAGAUAAGUUGAUGAAGGACAUGGCUCCCAAGCAACCAAUGUUCAUAGAUGUGUCACCUAUUUUUAUUGAUGAAGACAGUGGAAUUGUGUACAGCCCUUCGUGUAAAAGGGCCGAUUACAUGGCAGAGCGGUUAAAAGACAUGAAAGAGAAACAUGCAAAUAUCUCACCCACUGCCUCACAAUUGAUUGAAUCCUCUUCCCCCUCUGGGCCAAAGCCCUUGCUUGGGAACUCACCAACCGUCUUCAAAUUUUUGUAUGAUAAUCCAGACGAUGAUUCCAGUGCCUCUGUUGCUGCGCUCGGCCACUCUGCUGAUAAGGAAAAUGCCUGUAAAGAAAGUGACACAACUGAGCAUACCCAACAUGACAAGUACCUUACCAAAGAAUUUGAAAAGUCUUGGCUGUCACCAUGCCCUUUGAAAUGUCCGGACUUUGAGACAAGUGAGGAAGAAGGUACCAUACAAACAAAACCAAUAAGGUCUUCAAUUGGGAAAAAAACAACAGAGAAAGCCAAGUCUGUGGGUGUAAUACAAAGUGAUGUGAAGGAGGUGACAUCUGCUGAUGGCAAAGGGACUGGCAAAGAAAAGCGUAAGUCACGCACAGAAUCCUGCAGUCCUGUUGGUAAACCACUGGAACAGUCAGCCGACAAAUCUGAAAAGGGAAGGCGAAGUAUUCAAGCAACAAAGACCAUGGUAGGGACAAAGACUUCUAACUCUCCUGGUGCUGUGAACUCGUCUGGCUGCCUCUUGGCACCAACCAUAUCAGGACCUGACUACUCUCCAUUUCAGAAAAAGCGAACAAGACGCAAACCCUCUCUUUCUGCACUUGCACAUUUGUUUAGUCAGUCCAGCGACUCUCAAAAUGUUGCUUCCAUUUCCAAUGAUGUGGGGGAUGAUAUGUUCGAGGACUUCUUCUCCAUGCCUAAUGACCACAAAAUACCCAAGAAGCCUCUUUUGCCUGGUCUGCAUGAAAUGAGAGAUCUCCACAUUCCCUUUAGGAUGGACUCUGUCCCAAAGAAAAGAAAACAAAGGAGAAGUGAUAAUGCUGAAACAGCAACCAACAACUCUAAGAAGAAGAGAGUGGAGAAAAGUGGGGACAAGUGCAGUCGUCAACAGUCUGUUGCAAAAACAGAGCAUGAAAGUCCUCCACAACAGAAUGUCAAGGAGUCCCUGCCUGCAUUGGAUCCUCCAAAUGCCACACUAACACUGAUUGCUAAAAGCAAACGGCAAAGCACUUUACCAUUUGUUAAAUCCAGUGGAAGUGCAGCAAAACCGGUAUCUGCCUCUGUUCGGUCACCAAAGCCAACAAAUGGGGCGACAUCCUUGGAGCUGCGGAAUCACACUGUUUGUCAUUUAUCUCACACUUUUCAAAGCAAAGGAAGUGAACAAAAAUCUGCAGCUGCUCUAACUGAGCUCCCAAUUGAAGGCCGGGAGAAUCAGAAUAAGCACACCGACACAAGUGAGAAAAUCAACAAAGCAAAGUCAUUUAGAACACUGGUCAUGACAAGCAUGCCUACUGACAAGCAGCAAACGGUGGUUGAAGUUGUGAAAACGCUGGGUGGCUUUUCCAUCACCAAUCGAGUAUGCCAGAGCACAACUCACGUGGUUUCUGGGGAACACAGGCGGACUAUCAAUGUUUUGUUGGGCAUUGCUCGUGGCUGCUGGAUCAUCUCUUUUGAAUGGAUUCUGUGGAGUUUGGAGCAAAGGCAAUGGCUUCCAGAGGAACCAUUUGAACUUUCAGAGCAGUUUCCGGCAGCACCGAUCUGCCGUCUCCAGAGGCAUUUAUCUACCGGUAGGUACCAGCAGGACCUGUUCCAGGACCAACCGACCAUGUUUGUGUCCCAGCGUUCCCAGCCGCCUGCAACCAGUCUGGUAGAGUUGAUUCAGCUCUGUGGGGGGAAAGUGUGUAAAGUUCUGCGUCAGGCAGGAAUCUGCAUAGGAAAAUACAGUGGCAGGAGACCAGGGGGCACCAGGAUCCUGUCUGAGCAGUGGGUGCUUGACAGCAUCACACAUCUGAAGCAACUUUCAUAUGACAGCUACAACUUGGAGUAAAGACUACUAAAUAC